CCUGGCAACUAGAUAAUACUAAAAUGGUAUAUACAUUUUUAUACAUGUGCCCCAUACAUACGAAAUAUUACAAACAAAUGUAUUGUAGACUAGAAUAUUUUAAAAUAUAAAUAAAUUAUUGUAAUUCAUUAAUAAAUUAUAGGCAAGAUGCAAGCUUCUUGUCCGAAUAAUGUGAAAAUUUAUAACUUGAGUGUGGGCAAAUCUCUACCCGAGUGGUUGUCCGAGAGAAAAAAACGAAAUCUAAUAAAGAAAAAUGUUGACAUAAGACGUCGUAUAGAACUUAUACAAGACUUUGAUAUGCCUGAAGUUAGUACAUCCAUUAAGCUUUCAAAGGAUGGACAGUAUAUUUUAGCAACUGGAAUUUAUAAGCCACGUGUCAAGUGCUUUGAUGUUAACAAUUUAUCAUUAAAGUUUGAAAGAUGUUUUGACUCUGAGGUAAUCACGUUUGAAGUACUAUCAAAUGAUUAUAGCAAGAUUGUAUUUUUACAAUGUGAUAGGAACAUUGAAUUUCAUGCUGCUCAUGGCAAAUAUCAUAGACUCAGAAUACCUCGAUUUGGUAGAGAUUUAAAGUACCAUUAUCCAUCUUGUGAUCUUUUUGUUGUAGGUGUUAGUAAUGAAAUCUACAGAAUAAAUUUAGAAAGAGGACAAUUUUUACAAUCGUUUGAAUCGGAGGCAUCUGCAUUAAAUAAGUGUGAAAUAAAUCCAUUGCAUCACUUACUUGUAGUUGGUACACAGGAUGGAAAAAUAGAAGCAUGGGAUCCACGAACAAAAAAUAGAGUGGGUGUAUUGGAUUGUGCAUUGCAUUAUGUAUUUCAGAAUGAUAGAUUGAAUGCAGUUCCUUCCAUUACUGCUCUGAAAUUUCAAGGUGGCUUAACCUUAGGUGUAGGUACAUCUAAUGGAAAAGUCUUAUUAUAUGAUGUUAGGUCAUCUAAGCCAUUUUUAUCCAAAGAUCAUGGAUAUGGUUUACCUAUUAAAAAUAUUGAAUUCCAUGAAAAGAUAGAUGUUAUUUAUUCUAUGGAUAGUUCUAUUAUAAAGAUAUGGGAAAAAGAAAAUGGAAAAUUAUAUACAUCCAUAGAAGCGGAAAACUAUUUUAAUGAUUUAUGUGUCAUACCAAAUAGUGGAAUGGUUUUAAUAGCAAAUGAAAAUACUAAAAUUCAAACAUACUAUAUUCCUAGUCUUGGGCCAGCACCUUAUUGGUGUAGUUUUCUAGACAAUCUUACAGAAGAAUUAGAAGAAUUAAAUUAUGAUAUUAUUUAUGAUGAUUAUAAGUUUAUUACUGAAAAAGAAUUAGAUGAAUUAGGGCUUUCUCAUUUAAAAGGCACUAAUUUACUUCGAGCCUAUAUGCAUGGUUACUUUAUAGAUAUCCGUUUGUACAGAAAAGCUAGAAAUGUAAUAAAACCGUUCGAAUUUGAAGAAUAUAAGAAAAAGAAGAUACGUCAAAAGAUACUAGAGACAUGUGGUAGUAGAAUACAAGUUCAACAAUUGCCUAGUGUCAACAAAGAGCUGGCUUUAAAAUUAAUGGAGAAUGAAAUGAAUAAAAAUUUUAAAAAGAAGAAGAGAAUUACAUCUAAUAUUUUAAAAGAUGAACGUUUCAAAGCAUUAUUUAAUAAUCCAGAUUUUCAAGUUGAUAAAAAUUCUGAAGAAUAUGCAUUAUUAAAUCCUGUUAUCUCACAACUUGAGAAAAGCAAAACAAAAAAAAUGAAAGCUACAGUAGAACAGCAAGAGCAAUUGAAAAGCGAAGAUUAUUUGUAUAACAUUGAAAAUGAAGAUAGAAAUUCUAGUUCAGAUGAGAGCUUCAUACACGAAGAUAGUUCAGAUGAUGAAAAAACAUGGGUGAAAGAUAUACGGAAGCAAUAUCGAUUAAUAAAAAGAAAUCGACAAAAAGAAGAAGAAAACAAUGAAAAGUCAAAUAACAAUAUGAAAAUACUAAAUAAUCAACCAAAUCUUUAUGAAAUUAAGGAAGAUGUAGAAUUUAAAGAAGCAAAACCUGUUGCGAGUAAACGAAAUAAAUUCACUUUAGGAAAAAGAUUACAAAACGAACAAAUGCAUAAUUUAAAUGUAUCUGGAUCACGUGGUAGUAGAAAAAUGACAUUUAUUAUUGGAAAAAGAAAACGAGAUACGAAUUCAAAACAAACAGUAAAAAAACUCAGAAAAGAAUAUAAGGAUCUUCUACGACCAGCUGGAAAUAUUCACAAAAUAAAACAUUAACAUUGAUUUAUGUAUAAUUAGCUUAAAUAAAAAUAAAAUAGUUUUUUAUUCA